AUGUCUUCAAAUAAAAUUGCAAUUUUGUAUGGGUCCGAGACUGGAAAUGCAGCAGAUUUUGCUGCCAUUCUAUCCCAUCAUCUGCAUCGAUUACAUUUUGCUCAUAGCUUAUCAAGCAUGGGAGACUACCCAGCUGCAGACAUCCUAAAAUGUCGAUAUAUGUUCGUCAUAUCUUCUACUACUGGUCAAGGUGACUUGCCUCGCAAUGUACAUGAAAUGUCCUAUGGUGAAGAUAGAACCAACACCUUGUGGUCUGUUUUGAAGAAAAAGAACUUACCUAAUGACCUUUUGGAUCAUUUAAAUAUUGCAUUCUUUGGUUUGGGUGAUUCUUCUUAUCCUAAGUUUAACUAUGCGAUAAGAAAACUCCAUCAGAGAAUGGUUGUGCAAUUAGGUGCUACGGAAAUUUUUGAAAGGUUAGAGGCUGACGACAUUUCAAUGGCAGGAAGUAAUAGAGACACAGGUCUUGGUAUAGAAUCUGUCUAUUUUGAAUUUGAAAAGAGGAUUUUGCAACACUUAAAAGAGAAAUUUCCAAAUAGAAAAGUUAAUGGAGAAGUGUUAAAACGUGAAGAACUCAGUGAGGAAAUAUAUUUAGAACCUAAAACAUACUUAAAAAUGGGUGAUACUUCAAAUAUGCGCAAGGAAAAUGCCCAUGAACCUAAAUUUAUGGGUGAUUAUUCAAUAUCGAAUGGUAAAAUCAUUAAAAAUCUUAGAAUAACAAGUGAGGAACAUUUUCAGGAUGUGAGACAAUUAACAUUUAAACAGGACGAUAUCAAACCGUACAGUCCUGGUGAUACUAUUGCAAUAUACCCAACUAACACUGAUGAAGAUGUUCAGCGAUUUCUGGAGGUCCAAACCCAUUGGUUGGAGAUUGCGGACGAACCUUUGAGCUUUACUGACGGUAUACCAAAUAGCUUGAAUGAUGGAGGGUGCAUCGAGAAUUUAACUUUGAGAAACUUAUUAAAGUACCAUUGUGAUUUCAAUAGUAUUCCCAAGCCGAGUUUUUUUAUGAAGAUAUGGACCUUUGCGACCGACGUUUCUAGAAUGGAAAGAGGAGAAGAGCAAUGUACACAACAAAGAGAAAAAUUACACGAAUUUGCUUUUGAGCAAGAUAUGCAAGAUCUUUAUGAUUAUUGUAAUAGGCCCAGGAGAUCUAUAUUAGAGGUCUUAGAAGAUUUUUUGUCCAUCAGAUUACCAUGGAAGUACGUUAUAGAUUACAUGCCAGUAUUAAAACCUAGACUAUUUUCAAUCUCAAGCAGUAAAUCUAAUUCUGAAAUAGAAUUAACAGUUGCCAUCGUCAAAUACAAAACAAUUUUAAGAAAACUUAGAAGAGGCGUUUGCACAAAUUAUAUCUCUAAACUACGGAAUGAAGACACCAUUCGUUAUAAAGUGAUUAAUAAUAGUUUACAUCUGAAUAAACAAUUAGAGCAUAACAGGGAUAUACCAUGCAUAUUAAUCAGUCCAGGUGUUGGUAUAGCACCAAUGAUGUCUCUAAUAAGAUCAGACAUUUGCAAUAAUGUGCAUCUCUUUUUUGGUAAUAGGGUGAAAGAUUGCGACUUUUUAUAUCGCAGUGAGUUAGAACAAUUUGAUAAAAGUGGUAAGAUCAAACUGUACACAUGUUUUUCAAGAGAUGAGAUAAAUUCCCCAGAGUUAAAAUAUGUUCAAGAUAUAUUAUGGGAGAAGAAGGAUUUAAUUGCAAAUCUUAUUAUCGAUAACCAAGCUGUAAUAUACCUAUGUGGUUCGUCAGGGAAAAUGCCAAUUCAAGUGAGAAUCACUAUAGUUGAAAUCUUGAAAAAGUCUGGUCAUUUCAAAGAUGACAAAGAGGCAGAAACAUAUCUGAAGGAUAUGGAAAAAAAUAAUCGUUACUUCCAAGAAACUUGGUAA